AUGCAGGGCAUUCGUCACUUUGACGGAGUGUCAAGCCUGGAGAAUCGCGGCACAUCUGUCGAAGUGCAGCUCCCCUUCGAUAGACUUCAGGCUUUCAGAAAUGGCGCUCCUGAUUUUGACAAGGCUUUCCGCUUCCCGACUCAGGCGAGUGUGUCUGACACAAAGAAUUUAAGGUCGCUCCAGUCGGGCGAGUGUCUCAACGUCUACUGGGGAAAGAAAGAGCUCGUUAGUAGGCUCACAGGGAAGUGGAAGAGUGCACUAUAUCCGAAUUGUCACGAGACUUGGUUCACGUACACCGCCUGGUCGAGGACGAAAACGUGGAGAGAGUGUGCCCGGGCCGUGGGAGACUCCUACCAGUUUUUUUCCUGGGUGAAGCGCCACGAGAACCCUGAUGGCGAGUGCAUUCUCGUCAAGCCCUCCCGAAGCGACAUCAGCCGGACCAACAUGGAGGAUUGCCUGGUCGACGCUAGUGGAGUCAAACCAGGAGUCAAUUUCUGUCCAGGCGGAGGCAAAGAGGGCACAGCUGAGGACUGGCGCGACUGUGCGGAACGAUGCCUGCGUAAAUUUAGAGACACGAACGGAGACACCGAGAACGAUCUGACUUUUUAUAAGGCAGAAUGCUUCCGAUACUCGUUCAACAAUGCGACAUCCGCUUGUAUUUUUGACCCGCUCCCUGGGUGCCCCGAUUCCGCGUCAGUUAAUGAUCUGUCGUGGAUUUCUGGAGACGUCCUGAGCAUGCCCUCGGCAAACUUCACCACUGUCACGUGGCAUGAUUGGGAAGAGUGGAGCAGCUGCGACGAGGUUGACGCGGCGUUCGGUUGGAAAAAGAGGACACGAAGACUGAAGACAUGGGGAUAUCGUCCGGACAACAUCAUUUCUCCGUCGCAGUGGAUAUCCGUGGGCCCUUGCGCUCCCAGCACAACUCUACCUCAAACCGAGCUCGAUAUGGCAAUGAAUCCGAGUGAAAGCAGUUCUUCCAGUACGGUCACUUACGCAGUGGGCGGAGGCAUCGGGCUGGUCGUUAUCAUCGUUUUAGGCUUGAUUGGACGCAAGGUUUCUCAAGCUCUCCCCACCGAGCAGUCGCACGACACAUAUCUCUAA